AACUGCGCAUGCCGGCAGUCCUAACUGGUUCUCAGGGGACAGAACGGAUGUGCCCUGAAUAGCUCUGAAACGCGCUCUCAACUAUUACUAACCUUCUGCCAAAGCUUUCGGGCCAUUUUGCUGCCAGGGUGCAAAAAGGGUGGCCGGGAUUCCACGGAAGAGGAUGAUUAAGUGUGGACGCAAGAUGCGAAUAUGCAUCUGUCACGCCAACUCCGAUUAUCGAUUUAUAGCGGCGGCAGCUGUGGACUGUCAUACAUUCAACCUACUUAAUCUGUGUAGGCCUCGACGAGGUUCUCGCUCAACCUAACAAGACAGAAAGCGCGUCCAUUUUCGCAAUCUUCCACUCUUACCGGCCCUGAGACGCUCUCGGGAGUGGCAAGUCAGCAGACAUGGCAGACUACGCGAUGCCAGAGUACCUCUGGCUGGUGGUGGUCGGCUCCAUGGCCGCCUUCGCUUUCGGCUGGGGCACCGGCUCUAACGAUGUGGCCAACGCGUUCGGUACCAGUGUGGGUGCCAAGACCCUCACACUGAAGCAAGCAGUCGUCAUCGCCAUUAUCUUCGAGUUCGUCGGCGCGCUUGUGCUUGGGCGUGUGUCAACCUCGACCAUCGCCGGUGGUAUUGCCAACAUCAACGUGUUCCUUGCAGAGCCCGAGGUUUACUCGUACGGCAUGGUCAUUGCCCUGACCGUGGGCUUCGUGUGGCAAGCACUGGCCUCCUACUGGGAGCUCAACGUGUCCGCGACCCACUCGAUCAUUGGUGCCAUUAUCGGGUUCUCGUUUGUGUUCGGCGGCGCCAACGCUGUGAACUGGGCCACCCCGGACCCCGCCUCAUUCCCUCCCUACAAGGGCGUUGUGCCCAUCGUGCUGGCCUGGUUCGUGUCGCCCGUGCUGACCGGCCUGGCCUCGUGCACCAUCUUCCUGAUUGUCCGCACCCUGGUGCUUCGCCGCGAGAACUCCUACGUCCUGUCCUUCUGGGUUCUGCCUGUGAUGGUCCUGCUCACCUCGUGGAUCAACAUUUACUUCGUGUUCACCAAGGGUGCCAAGAAGACCCUGGCUUCCAACAGCGACUGGACUGACCACAAGGCCGCCUGGGUCGCUGCCUGCUGCGCCGCCGGCCUGGCCUUCCUGACCAUCGUCAUUGUCCUGCCCCUGCUCAAGUGGAAGGCCGACAAGAAGUUCCGCCUGGAUGAGGAGAAGGCUGCCGGCGGCGCCGACGAGGAGGCUGCUAAGGCCAAGACCAAGGCCGAGGAAGAGGCCGCUUCCGAGAACAACUCCAAGUUCCUGAAGGCCAUGACGUCUCUGAAGCGCGCCGCCAUGCACGGCAUGGAGGUGGAUAUUCACGAGGUGGUUGAGGAGGACCCCAUUGUGGCCGCCAUCCACAAGAACGCCGAGGUGUUUGACCCCAAGGCCGAGUACGCGUUCAGCUACCUGCAGGUCUUCUCCGCCAUCUGCGUCAUCUUCGCUCACGGCGCCGGCGAGGUGGGCUACAUGGCCGGCCCCCUGGCCACCAUCUGGUUCACCGUCAAGGACGGCACGCUCUACAGCAAGGUGCAGGCGCCCAUCUGGAUUAUCAUCAUCUCCGCCCUGGGCCUGGUGAUCGGACUGGCCACCUACGGCUACAACGUCACCCGCGCCGUCGGCACCCGCAUGGCCAAGCUGUCGCCCACUCGUGGCUUUUCCGCCGAGCUUUCGACGGCGCUGGUGAUCAUGGUUGCUGCGCAGUACGGCCUUCCCACCUCGUCCUCUCAGUGCAUCACUGGUGGCAUUGUGGGCCUGGGCAUGAUCGAGGGCAAGACCGGCGUGAACUGGAUGUUCCUGCUGCGCACCUUCGCCUCGUGGAUUGCCACCGUCGUCGUUGUGGCCCUGACCACCGCCGCCAUCUUUGCCAUGGGCGUGUUCGCGCCCUCGAUCAGCUGCAACAAGCAGCUCUACCUAUACGAGCGCUACACCAUCCAGCAGGGCCAGUCCAUUGCCAAGGACGUGCUGUCCACCCUGAACGCCUACAAGACCUUUGCCUACCAGAACACCACCCUGCCCAACCUGAACCAGACCAAGUGGCAGGCGAUGAACAAGUCCAUCAACGCCUACAUCUCCAACGGCACCAAGUUCCUCACGUACAAGAGCUACGGCUCGCUGAACCCCCAGACGACCAACAGCUACCUCUCUGCCGCCAUCACGCUCAUGGCCUCGACCUCCAUCACCACGCUGGGCCAGGCGCAGACCUACCCCACCGCCAAGGUGUGCAACGACAACAGCACGCUGCCCAUGACCUUCAACCAGGCGUGCAAGGCGCCGCAGCCCAUGAAGGCGAUCGGCAGCGAGUACGGCUUCAACAUCACCACCGUAUAAGCGGUCCCUAGACGACGGCGCUCUUCAAUUGUUUGUGGAGAUUCGUUGCUGGUUGGUGGCGACGUGCCGUGCGCACGGGCUACUACUAGCUACAUACAGUAGCGGGUUGGUAGCUAAUAAUGUUGAUGUGAGCGUAUGACACCCGAGUCGCAGCGCACCUUGUCCGUACGUUGUCGCGGCUUGCGUGCCUGGACCGGACUCGCCGCAACCGGACCUGCUCUGAAAACAUGGGUGGUUAAAAGUGCAAACAACUAUGCACUUCUUGGUCUGAACUUUGCUGACUCUCGCUUUGGCAGCCAUGGCACUUGUGCGGCGCGGAAGCGCAUUGCAUAGGGCGUGACUCGAAGUUGGGUGUCUGGCGAGUAUUAAUUUGAAUGUUCGGGGGGCAUUGAAUUGACGAGGGGCGGCCCUGGAAAAGUGGCAGCUUCUGUUGUUUGUUGUGGGUGCUGAUAGGCCAGGCUUGGGUGAGGAGGCCAUUACGCAAGGCACCUACGCAGCAGCCUGCAGCUGGUAACCUGACGUGCCGCUACUGCAAAAGCGGCGGCGGUGCGUUUGUACUUGGAUUGGAUUGGAUGUGGAUGGGCGCCGAACUGCGUAACACUGUGUGGCCACUGUUACUCAAAACGUUAUACAACACCUACCGCUACGCAGUACUCCGGCUUGCCCCUCCCCCCUCAGGGCGCUCCAUGCCGUGCGCCCCGGAAUGCGGUGUGGGGAUGGGGUGGGGUGAGAUGGACUGGCGGAUGGUGGAAGUAUCAUAUAGGUCUGCUGGGGGCUGCGAGCAGCCAUACUACCGUACUACCGGUCAUGAUAUUGCCUUCGGUAGCUCAGGGCGCCGCGGGCUGGGGGAGUGGGGGUGGGUAAGUGAGCGGGGAUGGGGGCUUGGACUCAGCGGGGGCACGGACUCAGGGCGAGAGUAACGCCGAUGUGCCGGGUGAUGUGCGAGCAGAAUACAGAACGCGGCAUUCGUCAUUGCGGGGAAACUAAAACUGAUAGCGCCAACCUUUUGCGCCUCGCGCUUUCGCGCGCAAUUUCCGGGAUCCUCCAACGCGUCGAAUUUCCGGGAUCCUCCGUCUUGCGUCCUUCCGUGCCGGGAGCCUUGAUUAUCGAUACAAUUUGUGAUAUAUUGUAUGUUGCGCUGGAGCUCUAAUGCAAACGCUGCGCUUGUGCGUUUACCCCGCUCUGGCAUAGGGCUUGCGUUUUCAUAAUGUUACGCUUUGCAAUACAUACAUAGAAAGGCGCAUUAUUUGCACGACAAAUUUCGCUGCGCUCGGGUUUCAAGGUUAUAACUCAAGUCAAAACUGGAAUAACCGGGAGGGCCCCCCGCGGCGAGCUCGAUGCGACCGCAAUGGCUAUUGCCCCUCCCCCUUCGGGGGAAGGGGCAAGCCAACAAGGGCAAGCGUUGCCUGGUCGCAUGGGUUUCAACUGCCGAAUUGAUGGCUGGGAAGUGCCCGGGUAUGUUGGGAACAGGGGCGGGAAGUUAACGCCGACACGGGAACAUUACGGGAGAUGCUAACUGUGAGUGACUUGAGAGCGAGAGAGGCAAUACGUGAGAGAGAGGGCCGCGAGAGUGAUGCACUCAGGUGACUGGGGGAGCUGAUGCUGCCUCCAGCAGUGGGCGGCAAAAACCCCCAUCGGACUGUAACGCUGUGUUUGG